UCAAACAGGUGCAAUGGUGGUCCUGUGCGUCAUCCGCCAUUACUGUUGAAAUUUGUGAUUUGUGAAAGUGCUUUGUGAAGCUUUUUGUGAUAAUUUGUGAAAGCGUUUAUAAAGUGUUAAAUGUGUAAUAAUUGAACAUGAGUGUGUAUAGGAUGAAAGACUAUUCCGGGAGUAUCCAGAACUUAUCGGAAAUGUCAGUGGAAAAUUCUUCUGAAGUUUCUGAUUCCUAUGACAUGUUUUUGGACAAUAUUUAUACGGUACCGGUUUCUAUAGUUCCGAGGAAGUUAGAUUUUACUAAUUUGGACGAUGAUGAUGGCAGCAAGAAAGCUUCGGCGGCUCCGUCGACCUUCAGUCCCCCGUACAAACGAGUCGGGGCUCUCAAACUCGACGACAGCCCGCAUACGCCGCACAGUCUUGCCCUCAAAUGUUCGACGCCCUCACACCCCUCGCCACGGAUGAGGCUAUUUCCACCUAACAUUAACAUGAACAUGCCGACUGGCAUGCCGUCUGGAUCCAGUCACUACCUGCACCCUCCGCCGAUACUCAGCACCCAGCCACAGUUGGAAGACAGUGCAUUGGGAAAGAGCUUGCCCGAUGAUCUGGACGACACGCGCUCCCGACAACGGAUGCUGGCCAACAUCAACCCGUUUACACCUGACGGUCAAGCGCUGAACAAAAAGAGGAAAGCCAUGUCAAAAACACCAACAGGGGGGGACACGCCACAACAGCCCGCGAAAAGACUUAGAGAGUCGAAUAUAUCGCGGUACAAAGUGGAGUUCUGGGAACUGGGCGAGAUCGGUCGCGGCCACUUCGGCAUCGUGACGCGAUGUGUGAACAAGCUCGACGGCUGCGUGUACGCGCUCAAGCGCUCGCUGCGCCCCGUCGCCGGCUCCGCGGCCGAGCGCGCGGCGCUCAACGAGGUGUACGCGCAUGCGGCGUUGGGCAAGCAUCCGCAUCUUGUGAGAUACUACUCAGCGUGGGCGGAAGACGACCACAUGAUCAUACAGAGCGAGUACUGCGAUGGUGGCUCGCUGCAACAGAAGAUAGAGAAAGAGCCGCUGCUUGAGAGUGAACUACUAUUUUUGCUGGCCCAUGUAUCUGACGGACUCGCUUACAUCCACUCGCGCCAACUAGUGCACAUGGACCUCAAGCCCGGCAACAUCUUCAUAUGCAGCGAUGACGCGUCUACGUCCGCGCCCGACAGCGACGACGGCUACGACGAUGACGACGCGCCGCCUCGCUCGCACCACAAGUACAAGAUCGGUGACCUUGGCCACGUGACCUGCACGUCGUCGCCGUCGGUGGAGGAGGGCGACUGCAGGUACUUGCCCAAAGAGGUUCUGCAGGAGGACCUCACGCAUCUGACCAAGGCCGACAUCUUCGCUUUUGGUCUGACACUAUACGAGGCGGGUGGAGGCGGUUCGUUACCAAUGAACGGGCAAGAGUGGCACGACAUACGGGACGGAAAGCUGCCCGACCUGCCCAAACUAUCCCGAGAGCUCAACCAGCUGCUGAAGAAAAUGGUACAUCCGGAACCGAUGGAGCGGCCGUCGGCGGCGCGCAUCAAGCGAGACCCGCUGCUGAACCCCGGCGGGAACAAGAGCAAAGCUCAGCUGAGGAAGCAACUAAUUGUCGCCCGAAUGCAGAAUGAGUUGCUCUCCAAGAAACUACAUGAGGCCUCCAAGUGCAUAAAGUCUUUGACGCCGAGGGCGCCUGCCGGCGUAGCCCAGGAAGGUAAAUACCUCACCAGGUCAGCAAAAAGACUGCAGUCCAUGUCUGCGACCAAACCCUCCAGAACUACCAGAAAGACGGACGCCGCAACUACAGAAACUCUUAAUAAUAAUAUAACUAAAAAUACGAAUAAAAAUAACAACAGUAUAAAUAAGAAUAAUAAGAAAACCUGUGGAUGCAGGCUGCAGGCUGCAGCUGAGAUAACUGCAUCAAAAGUCCGCAAUGCUCUCACACUGCGUGUUCCUACUGUAAGCGGACUGCGCAGGCCGUCGGCAGUUGCGGAUCAAUCAUAUCAACUGCUCUAUAACCUAAAUGUGUGUCAUCAAUUCAAAAUGGAAGUGAUCUGGUUGAAAAUAAUAUUUUUGUUUCUUCCGUACACUUUGAGCCACAGGAUUCGUGAUGAAAUAAUAUUUCAUUACAAUAACACAUAUAAAUACAAUGAACCCUACACAGUGGAAGUUAGUAAAACCACUGAGUAUAUAAUGGAGUUUGCAGGAGAUUUGGAGGAAUCUAACACACCUGCCCGGGUGACAGUGGCUAGUGACUUUGCUAAUCGCACCUACCCUCUGUUUAUUACUGCGAGGCAGCAGAAAGGCGUGUUCUCAUGGCAGUUGCCGAUGUUGGUUCAAACCCUGGACAUGCUGGAGCAGUUCAGCAACAUCUCCCGCACGCUGUGUCCACACAACAACAUAUUCUCCGAAGACGAGGACACGUGCGACAUAUCAUCACUCAACACGCCAAUAGUUCACCUGACCUCGUCCUCACCUGACCCCAUAAAGGUCACAAUCACAGUGGAGACGGUUGAAGAUUUCUACAUCAACCUCAACUCCGUGACCAAUCUAACCAGCACCCCGAGCCAGCCCAAAUACUACUUUUUCCCCUUCGACCAGGGGCCAAACAAAAUGGUUGAUGUGAACUCACAGAGUAUAAAGAAAAAGUAUAUUUGUAACAAGGAUUUGGAUUUUGAGGAGCAGAAAACUUUAGAAAGGUAUUUUGUGAAGAGCAAUUUAGAGGUGCGGGAGGACUUUGGUUGGCUGUCCAAACCUCAGAGCGUUAUCCUUAUGAUCGAGUCAGAUGACGACAUAUGCGCUGUGGUGUCUAUACAGAACUUUUCGUGUCCAGUAUUCGACAACGAAAGGGAUAUAUUGUAUGACGGCUACUAUUUAACUAUGACGAGGCGCGGCGGCAUUACAUUGACGCAAGACACGUUCCCGCUCGGCUUCUACAUAGUGUUCAUAGUGAAGACUUCGGACGACGACUGCACGGGCGGCGUCUCGCCCAACUCCACCGCGCCCAAAAUGGCGCAGUACUUCGGCUGGGACGACGCCGUCAGUGUCGACACCAAUGAUGGCCGAGUCAAGAAGUUUAGUUUCAAAGUGAUCCAGACAAUUUCGUACCAGGAGUACAUGAUAGCUGCGGGGGCUGCGCUAGGAUUCUUCCUGUCUUUCUAUGUGGCCUUUAUACUGGUCAUACUGUGCCAGAGGACGCGACGGAACCACCACGGCGAUGGAGACUCCCUGGUCGCGCCCGCGAUGCCGCACAACAAUGCGAACGUGCGCGCGUCGGGCGCGCGGCGUCGACGGCGCGUCAUUAACGACGGCAGCAGCAGCUCAACGUCACAGCAUUUGGGCGACGGGGAACAUGGCGGAGGCAGUUCGUCGUCGGACACGGAGUCGGAUGAGUCCCCACAUGAAGAAGGAAACGAUGAAUACCCCAACGGCGGUAGACUUUGCGUCGCCAGUCUGGCCAGAUGUCGUCCGCGCGUGCUGCAGGCUCGCUCUAAGAUGUACCUGUGGAAUGUUCUGACAGUGGCAGUUUUCUACACUCUGCCCGUCAUACAGCUCGUUGUCACCUACCAGCGGUUGCUGAACCAGUCGGGCAACCAAGACCUGUGCUACUUCAACUUCCUGUGCGCGCAUCCUCUGGCGGCGCUGUCGGACUUCAACCACGUGUACUCCAACAUCGGCUACGUGUUGCUUGGCGCCUUGUUCCUGGCGCAAGUGUGGCGGCGACACCAGCAGCACAGGACCAAAACACCCACACAAAAAGAGCUGGGCAUACCGCAACACUUCGGGCUACUGUACGCGAUGGGCAUCGCGCUGGUGAGCGAGGGGCUGCUGUCCGCCGCCUACCACGUCUGCCCCAACAGCAUGAACUUCCAGUUUGAUACAUCGUUCAUGUACGUGACGUCAGUGCUGUGCAUGGUCAAGAUCUACCAAUCACGGCACCCCGACAUCAACGCGCGCGCACACGCCACGUUCGGCGUACUGGCGCUCAUUAUAUUUAUUGGUCUCGUGGGUGUCCUGAACGCCAACUUCUACUUCUGGGUGGGGUUCACGGCGCUGCACCUCGUCACCUGCCUCGUCAUGACCUUCCAGAUCUACUACCUCGGCAGGUUCCGACUCGGCGCCGGAGUGGUGUACCGUGCGGCGCGCGAGCUGCUGCGGCGGCCGCUCGCCGCGGUGACGCCCACGCACUGCGGCCGAUGCGUGCUGCUGGUCAUUGCCAACCUGGCCAACUGGGCCAUAGCCGGAUACGGAAUGUCGCAGCACAGCCGCGAUUUCGCGUCUCACCUGCUGCUGGUGCUGAUGUCGAACCUGUUCCUCUACACGCUGUUCUACAUCGUCAUGAAGCUUCUGCACCGCGAGUCCAUACGAUGGUACAGUUGGAUCUUCAUAGCGACGACCUAUACGAUCUGGUUCGGCUCUAGCUACUUCUAUCUGGAUCUGAGCACCAACUGGGCGCUGACGCCGGCGCAGUCGCGGCAGAACAACCGGCAGUGUUCGCUGCUGCGGCUGUACGACGCGCACGACGUGUGGCACUUCCUGUCCGCCACCGCCAUGUUCUGCUCCUUCAACAUGUACCUCACGCUCGACGACAACCUCAGCGACACGCCGCGCGAACUGAUGAUGGUGUUCUAGACCCAAGAUCAUUCCAUUGUGUCUAGUGAAUGAUAAGACAUAGAAGAAUUCCUAAGGCGCGGCGCGCACUGACAGCACGGCACGAUAAGGGGUUUCUCAAGUAAUGAAUGAUAAUAAUAGACAAUUAAGUCGUCCAAAGAUCUUUAUGUACUAAGCAUAUGAUAUAUCGUUUCACUGACAAGGAGCAGUGGUUUGCGGGUCGGUGACACUUGACGUAAUAAUCAAGGCUCUCUAUGUCACUGUCCCUCUCUCACAACCGCACCCUACACAUAAGCCGUCUCUGUCAUGACACUUGACGUAAAAAUCAAGGCUCUCUAUGUCACUGUCCCUCUCUCACAACCGCAGCCCCCCGCAAGCCGUCUCUGUCUUGCAGUGCGCCUAUAAUUAUUGUACGACUGCUAAAUAACUAAAAAAACGCUUCUACUCUAGUCUGAGCGAAGAGAACUGUGCCAUGUUGGCAUAUAUUAGGAAUUAAAGAAAUAAAAAAUGUAAUUAGAACUGAAUUAACUAAUUAUAGCAAUAAAAAUUUGAAUUCUUUCUUUCAAUUGAUUUUGUUUUGAACUUAUGCCAUUUAAAUUGGACCAACUGAGUUUUGCACUAAGUAGACGCUAGCUUAUGACAAAAAUGUAAGAAAAGCAUGACUUAUAAACUGAAGUAUCACAUAUUUUAUUAAUUAGGUGUGUACAUAGGUUACGUCUUAUAAUAAUAAUUAAUCAAUCGUAUCUUUAAUCUGUCGAUGUGUUAGCAACGUUGUUGUUUUUCAAAAAUCGAAUAUCGUUUUGUUGACAAUUUCAAAAUAUUUUUCAUUCAAUGAAACUUACAAGUAUUUUGAAUCCUCAAAUGUAUUCAUAAUCCGUACAAAAUGUCUUCUAACACGCCAUUUUUCUCCAUGGUUGCCUUCUUUCCUUUAAAAUAUACCUUUUACCUUUAAAAUAAGGACUAAAAUUGUACUUUUGACAAGCCAUUUGACACAUAAACUUAAAAUGGCGCGUGAGAAGUUAUUUUUUUUACGCAAAAACACCAUGAAAGAUUGGGGAUAGAUUGAUUUUUAUUAAUUUCGGCUGUAAGAUAAUCCCGAUGCAAAAAUAUGACAAUAUAUGGAAGCGUUAUGAAAUUGUGUGAUUGUUUAAGAUGCUAUUAGGUAAUAUAAAUAAAUAAGAAAUACGUAGUAUUUUUUGUGAAUUAAUCGUCCUAUGAAUUAUUUAUUUUGUGUUCUUAUGAUUUAUGAUUUUAUAUUUCCUAUGUUUUUUGUAAUAUAUAUUUAGUUGUACAGGGUAUCUCUAAUAGUCACUAAACUAGGUAUAUAAUUUUAUUCAUAAACUUAUUAUUUUAUAGACUCGAGUUUUUAUGGUGCCGGCACAUGCUUGCGAAAACAUUGCUGUUUUCAAACAACAGCAAGCGUGUGGACGUGUUUGCGUAUGCUUGCCAACGCUUUGUAGCGUUUCGAUUGGCAGGCAAGCUCUAUGGUGUUUGCCGAUGCUUGUUGUACAGUGCCCGGCAGGAAAUAUUGUACAUCGAACUUUAGAAAGAGAUAACGGUUUCAUAGUGUUGUCUCUGUCGUUGAGGCCGAUGAAACGUCACAUAGAUAUGAGUGAUAGAGACAACGCUCUACGAAGCCAAAAUCUCUUUCUAAAGUUAGUUGUACAAUAUUUCCUGCCGGGCACUGUAUGUUGUUUGCCACAAGCAUCUGGCGGCACCAUUAGGAUCAAUGAACAAUGAGAAUGCUUUUGUAUUGGUCACAAAUCUGAUAAGUGGUUGGUGUAGAUAAUCCAGAAAUGAAUUUAUACAUAAAGCCUAGAAUGACUAUUAUGGUCACAAAUUAAUUCGUUAUACAUUUUUUUUAUAUAUUGUGUUUAUUUAGGUACUUUAUUCUGACUUAGAAUUAAAACAUAAAAUUGGAAAUAAGCCGUCCUUUUCGUGUUUGAACAGAACUUAAAUUGUUAAAUUUUACUGAUUUUUUAGAGUAUAUAGUUAAUUUGAAGUUUGCAUUGCAGUAAUAUUUGUAAUUAGGUGUUAAAAUUUGUUUAUUUACUGAAUUAUAAUACCGAAUAUAUGUAUCAUUCAAAGAUCUCUACAGAUAUAAUGGAGGUUUUUCAAAAAGUAAACCGCUAUGACAUGGCUGUGUGUAUGUAAUGUUGUACAGAAAUGAGUCUAUUGUAUCUAGGAUUUUGUAAAUAAAUAGCUUUUUAUAUGAA